AUGACUAGGAAGUCUAACAAAGACAACCUAGUCGAACAUCCGGAGAUAGACAAGCUUGAGAAGAUACUUAGGAGACAAAAAGCUCAAGAGAUGGCCGAGAACGCAGCUCGUGCAGCUCAUGACACUGAGGUAGCUAGAGCUAACAAAGAAGGAAAAGAUCCACCUCCUCCCUUAAAUCCACAACAUCCUCCUGGGGAUGUUGAUGUGAAACCUCAAGCUAACAUUCAAACGAUCGGAGACUACGACUCUGCGAUGCUUUCUUCACGGAUAGGAAUCCAAUCCAUCCACCACUUCCUGCAAGGAAUGACUAUGAGAUCAAGCCUCAAAUCAUAG